AUGGCCAAGAUUCUUGAUGUUUACAUAGAAAAAGUUACCAUUUCAGAAAACCACAACAAGUCAAAAUACACAGUUUUUGGAGUACAGUCCAACAGAUACAUCUCCAAAACAAUUCCUUCACCUAAGCCUCAGGGAACAGGAUGGAAGAGGAUGAGGAAAGAUUGCUGCAUAGUCAUUGCCUAUCAAAAGGAAGCUCAGCCUAAGGACACAGGCUGCCUGGUGGCAAACACAAAGAUAUCUAUGGGCGGCCAGAUGGCCCGCUCAUCAAGGUUGAGCAAACACAAAGAUAUCUGUGGGCGGUCGGAUGGCCCGCUCAUCAAGAAAGAGAAAAGAGGAGACCCCAAGGUCCUCCCUCCAGAAGACGGUCUCCUAUUGGAUCUUCUGACAGAGGAACCCCCACCGUACCAGGCUCCUCCGGCAGGUCAACUGGCAGCGGCAGCAGCCGAGGCCCAACCUUUGCCUCCUACCGACCCGGAGCCCUCACCUAUGGCCUCCAGACUGCGAGGCCGCAGGGAGCAGCCCGCUCCGGAUUCCACUGCCCUGCCCCUCCGGACGGGCCACGAUGGCCAAUUACAAUACUGGCCGUUUUCUGCCUCCGAUCUUUAUAACUGGAAAAAUAAUAACCCCUCCUUUUCAGCAGACCCCGUGAGACUGACUGAUCUAUUAGAGUCGGUUCUCACUACCCAUCAGCCCACCUGGGACGAUUGCCAACAGCUUUUGCAGGUCCUCCUAACUUCGGAGGAAAAACAGCGGGUCCUUCUUGAAGCCUGGAAGAAUGUUCCUGGGGCAAAUGGACAACCUACGCAGCUUCCAAAUGAAAUUGAUGCUGCUUUCCCCCUUGACCGCCCCGACUGGGACUUCACCACUGAGGCAGGUAGGACCCAUCUACGUCUUUAUCGCCAGUUGCUUGUAGCGGGUCUCCGAGGGGCGGGUAGGCGCCCUACAAAUUUGGCCCAGGUAAAACAGAUAGUUCAGAAGGCAGAGGAAUCGCCAGCCGCAUUCUUAGAAAGACUUAAGGAAGCUUACAGAAUGUAUACCCCAUAUGACCCUGAGGACCCCGGGCAAGCCACUGGCCUGACCAUGUCCUUCAUCUGGCAGUCGGCCGCCGACAUCAGAAACAAAUUACAGCGGCUGGAAAAUUUACAGGGUUGUACUCUACCAGACGUAUUAAGAGAGGCGGAGCGCAUCUUUAACAAGAGAGAAACCCAGGAAGAGAGGGAAGAGAGAUGGAGGAAAGAGGAUCAAGAGAGGGCAGAACGUCAGAGACAGGAAACUGAAGAGAGGGAGAUAGCGAGGGACAAGAAGCGUAACAGAGAAAUGACUAAACUGUUGGCCACAGUAGUCGCAGAGCAGAGACAGGAUAGGCAGAGAGAGGGACAAAGGGGGCCUCGCCUAGAAAGAGACCAAUGUGCAUACUGCAAGGAAAGAGGACAUUGGGCACGGGAGUGCCCCAAGAAACAAAGAAGGACCUUUCAAAGACCCAAACCCCGUUCUCAGACCUCCGACCUCCUGAGCCUCGAAGAUUAGGGAGGUCAGGGCCAGGAGCCCCCCCCCCCCCCCGAGCCCCAGGUAACCAUACCAGUAGGGGGGGCAUCCAGUCACCUUCUGGUCGACACGGGGGCCCAACACUCUGUUCUAAACCGGUCACCCGGCCCCCUGAGCCGCCGAACCGCCUGGGUACAAGGGGCCACCGGCGGGAAACAAUAUUGAUGGACCACGGACCGCCAGCUCCACUUAGCGACCGGUAAGGUGAUGCACUCCUUUUUACAUGUUCCUGACUGUCCAUACCCCCUCCUGGGUCGAGACCUCCUAACGAAGUUAAAGGCUCAGGUACACUUCGAGAAAGCCAACAUAAGAGAGGGCUACGCUAAAGCCCAGAAACUUGGACCCUGGAGACGGCCGGUCGCCUACCUGUCCAAGAAAUUAGACCCUGUAGCGUCGGGGUGGCCACCAUGUCUCCGCAUGAUCGCCGCCACCGCGGUCCUUAUAAAAGACUCUCACAAACUGACUCUGGGGCAGCCUUUAACCAUCUAUGCCCCCCCACGCUAUAGAGGCGGUCAUCAGUUUUUCGAUCAAGAUAUUUCUGAUCAUGCUAAUUCCCCCUCUCUACAAGCCCACCUACAGGCCCUCCAACUGGUUCAGAAGGAGGUGUGGAAGCCUCUGGCCCAAGCAUAUCGGGACCAGAGAGACAAUCUGAUCGUGCCCCAUCCAUACCAGGUCGGAGACGCAGUCUGGGUCCGACGCCAUCAGACCAAAAACCUCGAACCUCGCUGGAAGGGACCAUAUCUGGUUUUGCUGACAACCCCCACCACGGUGAAGGUCGACGGGAUUGCCACUUGGAUCCACGCGAGCCACGUCAAGCCGGCCCGGUCGGACGAUCCUCAGCCACAAGGGACAUGGACGGCUCAACGCACUCAAAACCCUCUAAAGACUCUCCCGGGUUGCUUGACUGUCACCUUUUGCCUGAUACUCUCCCCUCCCCUUAUUUGGGGAAAAAGCCCUCACACCCCCCAUCAAUUAACUUGGCAAGUACUCUCUCAAGGGGAGGUCGUUUGGUCACUUUCAGGCUACCACGUGCCUGGUACCUGGUGGCCCAAUCUCACUCCUGAUUUCUGCCAGCUGGCCGCGGGACUGGACACUUGGGACAUCUCCACGUACGGUGCCAAUGAGCUCCAGAAAUACAUGAACACUCCUUUAACGGGGGUGGAGAUACAUCUACAAGGGCUUGGAGACCCGCUCUGGCACGUAGGUUGCAGGAGCCCAAAAGGCAGAUGCCGCCUGGCGCAAAUGGAUUUCUAUGUCUGCCCCCGGGAGGGACAAUCUAAAGCCUUAAGGUGUGGAGGAUAUGAGGCACAUUUCUGCGCCUCAUGGGGUUGUGAGACCACAGGGGACGCCUAUUGGAAACCUAGUUCCUCCUGGGACUGGAUCACGGUGAGCCGCAAUUACUCUCGCCCUCCGUCCUGCAACCAACCCACCUGCCUCCCCUUGAACAUUACUUUCACCCAAAAGGGCAAAUGGAUUACACCCAAUGGCUGGGGGGGGCGAACGUGGGGACUGAGGUGGUACAUGGAGGGAUACGACAAGGGCUUAAACUUCAAAAUCUGUUUAAGCGUCCAAACUAAUCCGGUACCUAUCGGACCAAACCUAGUACUGGCUGGACUGAGACACCCAUCUGACCAGUCUGGCCCGCAACCUACCUCCCCCACAAUACCCAGCACAAAUCCAAAUGCUUCUCUCGACUCCGUUAGGCCUGGCUCUAUCGAGAUAAAAUCCCCAGAGGGUACAGGAAGUAGAUUAUUAGAUCUAAUACAAGGAACCUAUGCCACUCUAAAUCUAACCCGCCUGGAUAAAACUCAGGGGUGUUGGCUUUGCCUAACUCCGCGACCCCCCUACUAUGAAGGCUUAGCAGUUUUGGGCAACUAUACAAAUCAGAGUUCAGCCGGGGCCCUCUGUGGGACAACAAUGCAGCAUAAACUGACUAUCUCAGAAGUAUCUGGAAGGGGGCUAUGCAUAGGUAAGGUCCCUGCAACUCAUCAAAAACUAUGCAAUGUCACCGAGCCUUCACCUCAGAACGGCCGCUAUCUGAUUGCCCCUAAUGGGACGUAUUGGGCUUGUAGCACCGGAUUAACCCCUUGUAUCUCCACCACGGUACUUAAUGCCACCGGUGAUUACUGUGUUCUGAUCGAACUAUGGCCUAAGGUAAUUUACCACCCCCCUGACUAUGAUUUAAUAGAAACUGGCCACAAUAAGAGGGAACCCAUCUCCAUCACUACUGCCAUCCUACUAGGUGGACUGACCAUGGGUGGCCUGGCGGCAGGGAUAGGUACGGGUACCGUUGCCUUGCAAGAGACUAGGCAGUUUCAACUCCUGCAGCAGGUAAUGCGCGCCGACAUCCAGUCUCUAGAAGAGUCAGUCGCUGCCCUGGAAAAGUCCCUGUCCUCCCUGGCAGAAGUAGCCCUCCAAAAUAGAAGGGGACUAGACCUCUUAUUUUUACAUCAGGGAGGAAUUUGUGCUGCCCUUAAAGAAGAAUGCUGUUUUUAUGCUGACCAUACUGGGGUGGUACGAGACAAUCUGGCCAAGAUAAAAGAAAGACGCCAAAAGUACCAACAACUAAUUGAGUCCCAACAAGGAUGGUUUCAGAACUGGUAUAACAGGUCCCCUUGGUAUUCGACCCUCAUAUCCACCAUUAUGGGACCCCUGAUCAUUAUACUUUUGAUUCUGAUGUUUGGGCCAUGCAUCUUAAACAGACUGACCCAAUUCAUAAAAGAAAGGUUGUCGGUCGUACAAUCUCUGGUCUUGACCCAACAGUACCAACAACUAAAACAGAGGGAUCUCGAAAUAGCAGAAACCCUUGAAUGAAAGAUUCCAUUCAGUUACAAGAGCAAUGGGGGAAUGAAAGACCCUGGCCCAGUCUAACAGGCAGCUGAAAGCUG